ACUGCAUUUCAUCCAUAGUAUAUGUUCAACUGUUUAUGAUGAUUCUGAAAUUCUUCAUCAAGUGACCUCAUUUUUAUGUCACUCCGUUCAGGCCAUCAGAACAACCACCUGUAACACAGACUGUAGUUCAUCCAUCUCUUUCAGUUAUAUUUCACACAGAUAACAGUGUGUAGAUUUCACACAUAUGCAGUGAUAAAAAGGUCCAAGGUGUUGUGUGUGUGGGCGUGUGGUUUGUACAAGGCAGUCAGAAGACACCGAGAUCGGAGCCGAUACUGACCCAGAAACAUCCUGCCAGAUGACGUAGAGAGUUGUAGUUCUAUUACUAGCGACGUUAAAGUCAAUAAGAAAAAAUCUGCUCAGGAGUCAGGAGCAUGUGUUUGUGUGUGUGUGUGUUUGUGUUCGUGUGUGUGUGUGUGUGUGUGUGUGUGUGUGUGUGUGUGUGUGUGUGUGCGUUCACAUGCAGUGUUUGUGCGUUUCUGUUUGUGAUGACAUUUGCAUUUUGAGCUAGUCUAGUUUGUGUAGAUCUUUCAACUAUGACAUUUCAGGGGAGUGCAUAAACACCUGCGAACCCAGAAGAUAACUGGUCACAGAAAGAAUCUUGCAUCUGAAUUUAAAGGCACCCUUAAAAGUUAUUUUUUACCUUACGUUACAAGAAUCUCACAUCUGACUUUAAAGGCAUUCUUAUAAAAAGAAUUUACCUUAACAUAACAUUUCCAAAAUCAUUUUGAUGACACAUAACCUCAUAACAUGAUGGACGGCACUUCUGGCAUUGUCUGAGCGGCAUUGAGCAUUGUCUCUGUAGUGAUUACCGACCUAGCAAGUUUCUAGUCCGCACCGCAACCCCCCCCCCCCCCCAAAAAAAAAAUUGACUCGCAAAAGAGCUAUAUGCUACAGGAAUUCGGAGAUCUUUUUUCUACAGAUUGUAGGAAGGUGCAUUCCCUCUAUAUUACAGUAUAUCGGAGUUAUGUUCAUACUUUGUUGCAAAAGAUGCAUAUUUAGCGACGGAUCAAAACGAAAAACAAUGGUUCUGUUUCGUCCUUGUGGGGCUUAAUUAUGUAGGAGCACUGACCUGACCUGUGAUCAUCAAUAGAAAUCUGAAGUAAAUUGGACCAGUAAUUAUUAAGUUAUGUGAGCUGACACAUACACACACACACACACGCACGCACACACACACACACACACACACACACACACACACACACAGAAAGAGAAAGAGAGAGAGAGAGAAACCUGAUUGCAACACCCUUUGCUCCCCUACUGGUCCAGGGUAAUAAUUAGCCUAAGAGUAACUCUGGUAUGCAUCAAAUGGAAACACUGAUAGUAUGUGCUCCAGACAUGAUGUGUAUUGUCUGUUCCAGUUGUGUGACUGACUGCAUUUACAUGCACUUCAGUAUCCCGGUUAUUAGGCUUAUCCCGGUGGAACAGUAUCCCAGUUUCUUUUGGAGCUCUCCACCCAGCAUAACCGGGUUCCUCAAAAUACGAUAUAAGGGCUUAUCCAGGGUUCUGAAAGUAGGACAUGAUGUUCACGUGCACAAUUUCAAAACCGGUAUACUUCAAAAUCCUGAUCAUAACCAGGAUACUGAAGUGCAUGUCAACGCAGUUGGUGAAACAAUACAGCAGUGGCAUGGGUUUAGAGGUGGGCUCCUCCCUUUACACCAAGGGGCCGCACCUGUUACGACCUUUGCACCUUUGCACACACGUGCCUAACUCACCUGGAGAAAUUGUUUUCCACAGUUCUACUGUAACCACGAGACCUACCUAAUUUACCAGGAAAGAGUUUUGACAAGCUAGCAUGGCUUUUUGCUAAAGCUUUUGGAGAGACAGUUUGUCAGAUAGAUAGAUACUUUAUCUUCAUCAAGUCAUCAACUUAGGGAGUACAGGUGUUCUGUACAUUGGUGAGUUGCAAAGUGCUGUGAGGGGAAGAAUAGCCUAGCAUUGGGCAGCUAGCAUAACCUGAGUUGGUAGGCUAAUAUACAGCAAGCCACUUGGAUAUAAUAGAAAAGGUCCACAGUUGUAAGGUCAUGUGUCAGGCGCUGUAGAGAGGUAAGCUCUGCUACAAGGUUUUAGAACGUUCAGCGGAGAGGAGUGAGUUCUAUCCACUGAGGGUUAACUGUUGUGUUGCGGCCAUGCUAGCGGGUGUGGUGAGGGUGUUGCUCACUGGAGCCCUGCUGCUUGGUCUCUGCCUAGGCGCACAUGGGGGCUCUGGGAGGAGACGGGGUCAUGGAUGUCGCCAGAAGAGACAGGCAGGAAGUCCACCCUGGCAGGAAGACCCCAGGAUCCCUCGGAAGUACUGCAACCCUGCUGGGAACAGCAGCUCGUCUGGGAAUAUCAUCCAGGCAUGUGGCUCUGGUCAGUACCGGGAGUGGACAGGCCCUUUCAAAGGCCUGUGUGUGCCAUGCAGCUGCAACCGCCAUUCCCACCAGUGUGACCCAUUUACCGGAAGAUGUCUGGAUUGCCAGCACAACACUGCAGGUGACCACUGCCAACACUGUGCUGAGGGUUACUAUGGUGACGCGGCUCAAAGAACAUGCAAGCUGUGUCCGUGCCCCUUUUCUGUGCCAUCCAACAGUUUUGCGUUGGGGUGUAUGCAAGUUGGCUACGUGUUUGAAUGCGUUUGUAAGCAAGGCUAUGCUGGAACAAAAUGUGAAAAGUGCGCUCCUGGUUACUAUGGUAACCCACUAUUACCACAUGGGAAGUGCCAGCCAUGUAACUGUCGCCAUGGUGACCCCAAUAAGUGUCACCCUACAACUGGAGAGUGCGAGAAUCCUAAUGGUUCGGACGACUGCCAAGAGUGUGAUGUGUGUGUGGUGGUCCUGAUGAAGGAUCUGGAGGGGAUGGACGCUGAGCUGUCCCUUCUGAAGGCCCAGCUGGAGAAGUUCCAUGGCAGCAGCAUCCCCCUCGUCCAGCUCAAGAGGCUGGAGGCGGCCAUCACUGACACCAGGGAGCUGUUAGGCAGGUUCAAUGUUUCCCUGGAGCCCAAGGUCAAGCAGUUGGAGUCAGACAUGAGGACCAUAGAUGACGACCUGGUUGCCCUGGACAACAAGGCUAAAAAGCUUGUCCCUGCAUCAAAAGGCGUGUUGAGGAAUGUGACCCACAGCAAACACAGAAGCCAGGAACUGCUUAACAGAGCGGAAGAUCUUUUUCACAAUAUACAGGCGCUCCUGGAGGAGAUCCGCAGGGCUAAUCAGAGCCCCAGUGGCGGCCUGGUGCCCGAGGAGGGCGCUGCCCGGAUGCUGCGGGAGGCCGAGCGGAUGGUCCAGGAGAUGAGAGGUCGGAACUGCACGGCCCAGAUGACAGCGGCCCGCACGGAGCUCCAGCAGGCCCAGAACCUGCUUGACAUCAUUCGGAAUCUCACGGAUCCUUUGAGCACCAAUCAGGCGUUGGCAGACAGGAUUGGGGGGUCUCUCAUGAGGGAUCUGGCUGCGCUGAGGGAUCUGCAGCAGGCCUUGAGACACGCCGAGGACCUGUUGCGGCGUACACACCACAUCAACAACCACAGCGAGACCACCCUCCGAAAACUACAGUCCCGCGCAACAGAACUGACGGAGGAGAGAGACUUGAUCAACGCCGACCAGCUGAUGGCAAGGGAGCUGCUGGGAAAUAUUUCAGAUCUGCUGAGCAUGUUACAGGACAGCAAGACGGAAUAUGAACAUUUGGCAGCACAGUUGGAUGGAGCGAAAACUUACCUUGUUAAGAUACUCGACACCCUGCUGUCUAUUGCGGACCUUGUGCAUCAGGCUGAGAUCCACGCACAGAACCUCAGCGAUCUGGCCAUGACCUUCUCAAUGGAACUGCAGAGAGUGGUGAACGGCUCAAGUGUGCGGGACUCCAUGGAGGCCAUCAGUGCCUACUCAAACAUCAUUAAGGCCAUUAAGGAGGCUGAGGCUUCUGCCAGGGACGCCAAGGAGGCAGCAGAGAGGGCAUUGGAGGAUGUUACAAAGCAAGACCUAACCAGGAGAGCCAAGACGCUGAUUGGGGAUGCAAGCAGCUUGCUGCUCAAGGCCAAGGAGGCAGAGAAGAACCUGAAUGACACGGCAGAGGAUUUAGGUUCACUGCAGGAACGGGUUGGUCUGGCAAAGGACAAGAUGGCUGCUCUGUGGCGGGACUUACGGGCUAGCCAGCAGAACCUCAGCAAGAUCGACAGAGGUGACACAGAAAGUCUCUUAAACUCCACCAAGGCAGAGGUGUCGGCGGCUGAGGCCAAGGUCGCCACCGUGACAACGAGAGUUCAGGAAAUCAGUGCCGGCCUGAGAAACAUUAGCGUUCCAUCUGCAGGGGGGUCUGAUCUGGAUGAGCUGCUGAACCAGACAAACAGUGCAUUGCAGGCACUGGACCAAACAUUUCCCACACUGGUCAAGACCCUUGCAGAUGUGGAGAACAUCAGUGCUCUGGCUCUCCCUGGUGGGAACAUGUCAGAGAGCAUGAGGCGGAUUCGGGAACUAAUCAAGCAGACGAGGCAGAUGGCUAACGCAAUCAAAGUGCCCAUGUUGUUUACGGGCAAGGGUUAUGUCGAACCCCGACUCCCCGUCGACCUAAGGGACCUUCGUGCAGUGACGACCUUUGACCUCCGCCUACAGCGCCCUCUUGUGAAGCCCUCAAGGGGUGACUCAAGCCGCAGGCGAAGACGCAGACAGGGCCAAAGGACAGCAGAGGACAUGUUUGUGCUCUAUCUCGGGAACAAGAAUGGCGCUGAAGACUUUGUGGGCAUGGUGUUGCGGGGCAACAUCCUGUACGGCAUGUAUCGGCUGGGCGGUGCCGUCCACAGCAAGCUCAUCAGCAACGUCACCAGAUCAAGACAGGACCCAGCGCAUUUCGACCGUGUGGACUUCCAUAGGGUUUACCAGGACAUGGAGGUGAAUUACACUCGAGGCUACACCUCCAGUGAGCCUAUGAUCCUGCCUGCAGUUCAGCUGCAGCCAGACUCCCAGCACAACCUCCUCCAGCUGGACCCCAACAACACUGUCUUCUAUGUGGGAGGCUUCCCGCAAGACUUCACUCCCCCUGUAGAGAUGGGUCUGGGCCUGUCCUUCUACCAUGGCUGCAUCGAGUCCUCCACGCUUAACCAUAAGCUUCUGGGCCUCUACAACUUCCAGCGAGUCGUCGACGUCAACCAGGAGCGCCCUUGUACAAGGCAGAUAUAUCAAACUGAGGAGCUGUAUUUCGAUGGCACUGGCUACGCUACAGUUACCAUUCCCAAGAUAAAGGGUCUACAGAGAAUUCAGUUCAGUGUGAAGAGCUUGCUGAAGAAUGCCCUGCUGUUCUACACAGGGAAUGAGAAAUCCUACUAUAGUCUGACUGUGGAGAAGGGCUACCUCGUCCUAACUGGCAGUGUCGGUGGCAAGAUCUUUUCCAACCGGACAUCCAAAGAAGUCUUUCCCACGGCCAGAGACAAGUUCAAAGACAUUAACGUUCGGUUCAGUGACACAACUGUCAUACUCUUUGAAAACCCCGCAAUUACGAUCCCUUACACCAAAGACGUCUUCAACUUACUUUACAUCGGCGGAGUCCCAGAUUCUUUAAGAGAGAGGGACGGCAUCACAGCCCCAGCACUGAAGGGCUCCUUGCAGAAAGUGCCCAAACUGAACUAUCAGAGCGAGAACUUCAUAGAGAUGCUUGGUGUCAUAAAGGGCUUCUGGCCGGACCUACUGGCUGUUCGUGAUGCAGAGUUUAAAACUGGCAGCUCCCUCACAGAAAAGGCAGCACCUUUUAAAGACGUGAUUUCUCUGGGGUUCAAGACUUCUGAACCAGGAAGCAUUCUUCUUCAGACCACUCAAGGGGCCCAGGAGCUGGAGCUGGCACUCACAGAUGGGCACGUGGAGUUUAAAUAUGGCAGCCAGGCAGUGAGGUCCAACCACAAGUACCACGAUGGGAGAUGGCACUACAUGACGGCCCUCAGUAAUGACUCAAAGCUGGUGCUCACAAUUGAUGACAACGACACAGGGAGCCACCUGUCCAGUCCAUCCCCUGUCGUAACCAAUAGCCAGGAUCUCACUUUGGGGAGAGAGGUUUUCACUGGUUGCCUUGGAGACCUCUACAUAAGAAGGCCAAUGCAGCAGUACAUGCCAGCAGACCUGUCCCUGUUCACCCAGAAAGGAGACGUCACCCUGGGCUUCUGUGAAGCAAAGCGCCCCCCUCAGGCCAUACGAGCCAAACACAAGAAGAAAAUCCCAAAAUACAUGUACAAAAAGAAACACAGUAAGAAAAAGAGUGGAUCUCGUCCUGAUGCACAGACUUGUAAGACUCCCGUGGCCAUCCCUCAAGCCUUCUACCUGACCAACAACAGUCAGCUCAGCUAUCGCAUCCCUCCUGAGGAGCUCAACAACAGACCCCAUUUCUCGCUGGUGAUGAAGACUGCGUCCCCAGAGGGCCUGAUUCUACACAUCAUCGGGAAAGACAACAACAAGACCACAACCCAAGUGGCUCUCUACAUGACUGGUGGCAGGAUAAAGUUAGCCGUCGGAAAAGAAGUCAUUCAUUACAAGGAGAAGAUAAAUGACAACGCAUUUCACAAGGUGGACUUCAGCGUGGAGAAAGAGAAACAACGCUUUCACCUGCGGGUGGACACCGUUUGGGGGACCGACGGACAGCUACCUGCUGAUGUCGUAGCCCACCUCAACCUCAGGUCACCUGUCUACCUGGGUGCGGACCUCAGAACUCCCAAAGCAGGAGCACAGAGGAAGUCCCUGCUCAGGGCUGGUGUGACAGGGUGCAUUUAUAAUAUCAAAUUUUACAGUGAGCUGUUGGAUGAGCCUCAGACAAAAUCAGGAGUAUCGUCAUGUUUUGACAGUGAAAUGGAGUCAGGAGUCUUUUUCUCUAGUGACGGAGGUUGCUUGGCCUCCCAGACUCCUUUGAUGGUGGAGGCUGAUUUCUACCUUACUUUUGACAUCCGCCCCCGAGACUUAAUGGGUUUACUUUUUUAUGCAAGAGGACAACACAGGCGAUUUAUCAGUGUGUACCUGCAGAACGACAAGAUAAUUGCUCGAGCCAAUGAUGGAGGAGGAGACUACAGUGUGUCGAUAGCAAUUUCAUCCAGCCUGUGUGACUCUUUCCACUCAGUCACAGUGCACAAACAGAUCAAUGGAAUCAAACUGGGGCUGGAUUCUAAAUCCAGACGCGUCUCAGGGCCUUCGGCUGCCUCCUAUUCCAACACCCCAAACUCAUUCUACUUUGGGGGCGUGCCAGGAGACCUCAAGGACACGCUCGUCCCGCUGGAGCGGUCUUAUGUGGGCUGCCUUCGGGACGUGCAGCUGAAUGGAGAAGAGCUUUUGCUUUCCCGCUAUACACCCCAUGGUUCAGUGAGCCUGCAGGGGUGCCCUGUAAACUAAGCAACGGACAGUCAACACUCAACACCCACCUGAUCCAGUUCUAACAUAAGAAUGAGAAAUGUCAAUUGUCCAUGUUUGCGUAUGCAGUUUAUGCAGAUUUAAGUCUUUGAGAAUCAGGGCCUGUUGACAAAAGAAGGCAGAGGCAGGCAAGGAGACGGACCACAGACACA